GGCUAUUUAUUUUGUUUUCAUUUCUUUGCUUAUUUAUUUUUAUUCAUAAAUAUCGUUAAUCGGUUGAUUCAGUUACUGUAUCGUUUUUUAACAAUAUAAAAUGCCUUUAAAUCAAUGUAGGUUGUGUUUAAAUACUGGAGCGGUUACUAAUGUAUUCGAAAAACAAGGUGAAGUUAUGAUAUCAACCAAAAUAAUGUCUUUAGCUAGAGUAAAGAUAUAUCCAGAUGACGGUUUUCCGGAUAAAGUUUGCUUUAAAUGUUUAUUACAACUGCAUAGUUGUUUACUUUUUAUACAACAGUGCGAAAGAGUUGAUUUUAAACUUAGAGAAGUAAAAAGGGAAAAUAUUUAUUUGGGUUUCAAUGAACACUACACAAACACAGAUAAAAAAAAUAAUACUUCACAAGUACAAAAAGAAAACUUAGAAGAAGAAAUAAGUCAAAAAGUUUUGGACGAAGAUGUAUGCAUUGAGAACUCUCCAAUUGAAAGUGUAGAAAAUAUACAAACAAAAGAUGCAUUGAUGCAAUUGGACAUAAAAGAUGGAAAAACAAAAAGGAAAGUUCAGAAAGAACAAUGUUUCACUUGUGGGAAAGUUUUAUCCUCCAAAUAUAGAUUAAAAAUGCAUAUCCGCGUACAUACAGGUGAAAAGCCAUAUUCAUGCCCUGACUGUGGUAAGAGCUUCUCGCAGCCAGAAAACCUGAAAGUUCAUUUGCGCAUACACACAGGAGAGAAACCUCUAGAGUGCACCAUAUGUGGAGUUCAGUUUGCUCAUUCCUCUGGCUUGCUGGCCCACAAACGGAAGCACACAGGCCAACUGCCAUAUGUAUGCUCUCUAUGCCCCCGCAGUUUUCGGACGUUAGGGCAUCUGCAGUACCAUAUACGUCGUCACACUGGUGAGACAAGCCACGAGUGUGACGUGUGUACCCGCGCCUUCAUUACCCGCAGCGAGCUCAAACAGCACAUCCUCUCCCACACUAAGGAGAAGCCCCACGUAUGCUCCACCUGCGGUGCCUGUUUCGGGCGUGCGGCCAACCUCAGGAGGCACGUGAAACACCAGCAUAAAGGAGAAAAACCAUAUACCUGCAAUAAAUGUAUGCACAAGUUUGCCCAAAAAUCGGAUUACGAACGCCAUAGGAAGACACAUGAGAAGCAAAAGACCUGAUUAAAGGCGUGUUAUCUUCCUGUUCUUCAUGUGGGUGUUCCACCUGCGAACGUGCACUACCGCACUCGCUGGUGGAAACUAUUUAUCCACGGGAAUCUGCAGAUUCUCGCACCAGGACAGGAGACUUACCGCGAAUAUCGAAAUUCACUGAUUGCGGGGAUCUUUCUCUUUUACUCCAAUAAAGGCGUAAUAAGAGUGACAGAGAAAAAUACCCGCAAUUUGCGAACUUCGAUUUUCGUGGUUAAGCCCAGGUGACGCGGCAAAACUUUUGUGCCGCGUGUCGCCGAAAUUAUUUUUAUAGCACCGUGCAAGACUUAGUUCACGGUCCUCUUAUGGGAUCACUUCGGUCUUGUCAGUUUUUACGGUGACAAUUUUCUAUGUGUCUAUGUUAGUCCGUAAGGCAAGUAUAUGUACGUAUGGACCUUAGUUACCUGGUAAUAAAUGAUAUCUGUUUUUAUAUUAAUGUGAUUAAUUGAAUAUUAAAUUUAUCAUUUAGGACGCUUAAUUUAAGAUGGGGUAUUUUUUUUUUAUUAUUUGGGGGAGGCCUAUGUCCAGCAGUGGACGUCCUCUGGCUGAU